CCAAAAUUUCAGUUUUAUGGUAAAAAGAGUAAAAAUUACAAUUGCCCGAAUAAAAUUAGAUUUUCUGUCAUUACACUCGUAAUUAAUAACAGUAAGAAAUAAAUUUUCUUCAUUAAUAUCAAUUAUCAAUAGUAAAGUGUGUCAAGACCCGAAAAUUGGUGACAUAUAUUAUCGUACAGUGUAUGUUGAUGUUGUGAUCUGUUUUUGAUCUUUUUUUCUCUCGCUUAAAUACAAAUAAUUAUAUGAAAUAAUCUAUCGGCAAGUAAAGAUCUAUAAAAAAAUUGAACUAAAUUAUUCUACUUUCCGGUGUUUGUUAAAACUAGAGUGAAAUUAUAAUCGGUGAAAAUUAUUUUUCAAGUUUCUUGGAAUUUUGACAGUUGUUUUGACGUUUCUCCUCAGCGGUCGCCAUCGUGGGUGUCUAACAAGUGUGACUCGUUCUGCCAUAUUGCGUGUAUAUUCAAGAUUGUUGAACAAUUUCGUUUAUUAAGUUAUUCGCUUAUAAUAAUCGUGUAACGGUCGAUGAAUAGAAUCAAAGUGUUUAUGAAGUGAAAUUAAUUGUCAAUUGCAUUAAGUCGUGAGACAAGGGGUUUUUAUUAAAUAUUUUGGGACCUUGAAAACAAAGGUGCAAAAUGUCGGCGGGUCCCUAUAAUUAUUCUUAUAUUUUCAAAUAUAUCAUCAUUGGUGAUAUGGGAGUAGGAAAAUCAUGUUUACUUCAUCAAUUUACAGAAAAAAAAUUUAUGGCCGAUUGUCCUCAUACAAUUGGCGUUGAAUUUGGAACUAGAAUUAUUGAAGUGGCGGGACAAAAAAUAAAAUUACAAAUUUGGGAUACUGCAGGACAGGAAAGAUUUCGAGCAGUAACGAGGUCAUAUUAUCGUGGCGCGGCAGGUGCACUGAUGGUAUAUGACAUUACACGUCGUUCCACUUAUAAUCACCUGAGUAGCUGGCUUACUGAUACUAGAAAUCUCACAAACCCUAGCACUGUGAUAUUUAUGAUUGGAAACAAAAGUGAUCUGGAGGAGCAGAGAGACGUGACUUACGAGGAGGCGAAACAAUUUGCCGAUGAUAAUGGUCUCAUGUUUGUUGAAGCCAGUGCAAAAACUGGACACAAUGUUGAGGAGGCAUUCUUGGAGACAGCGAAGAAAAUUUUCCAAAGCAUAGCUGAUGGAAGAUUGGACUUGAAUGCUGCAGAAUCUGGAGUGCAACACAAUCCAAGUCAACCAGGUCGCAAUAAUUUACAAGUAAACAAUGAACAACAAGGAGGCAAAGACUCUUGCUCUUGUUAGGCCAUUUUUUGUCUGUAUAUAGGUCAUUUACCGCGUUAACAGUUUACAUUAAUGCAUAUACAUAUUAUAUAUAUAUAAAAAAAUAUUAUAUAUAUAUAUUAUUUACACUAAAACAAAAAUUGCAAGCAAAAAUUUUAUCCUUUUUUAACUGUGGAUUUUUUGGUGAAAGAAUGAAUGUUGUAUAGAAUGUUACUUUUUCUAAUGUCAAAUCCUGCAAUUUACAGAGAGUAAACAGCAAAAUAUUUAUAACUACUGUCUUCAUAUAUAAUUACCUUUAAUAGAAUUGUGCGAGAGAAAAAGAAAAUAAAAUAAAUUGCAGAUUUGCUAUUUGCAAGGAGAUUUAAAAAAAAAUAUAUAACGUGAAUUGUGAAGUGUUGUAGAUGAAUGUUUAGGGAUAUAUAUUUUCUUUUUUCACAUCGAAUAAUGUUCUGGAAAUAUAAUUGACGCAUUAAUUCGAUGUUUACAUUUCUUUUCUUUUUUUCUGUGAAAUCGUAAGAAUCUGCUGUCAAAGAAAAGAAAAUGAAAAUAAUCGGCUCGUGUCCCAUAUAUACAAUUGUAUAGGCCGUUUUUAGACAAUAUUAUAAUUAUAUACAUAAAUAUAAAUAUAUACAUAUUAUGUGUAUAAUUAUAUAUAUUUAUAUAAAUUAAUAUAUUGGUGUAAUGCAAGAAUCGAACCGUUAAGGUCCCAUCGUGUAUUGUUCAUAAAAUUAAGGAAUUUUACGAAAUAAAACCAAGAGCAAAAAUAGAAAUUUUUUUAAGCCAAAUACACUUGUAAUUCAACAAAAAACAUCUGAUAUUAUAAUUAUAAUAAACAGAUCGCAAGAUCAAUGCUAUGAAAUAGAA